AUUUAUCUGAAUUAAAGAAUAUUUCAUUGAGUUUAAGUUCAUAGACAAAGUUUUUUCAAGCCCCACAUGGUUAAUCAGUAGAACCUUCGACCUACUUGCCAUACGAUAGUCAUCAGUGUUUCUUUUCAUUUGUGUCAGAUAUGAAUAAAAGUGUGUAGUCUAAGCCUUAAAAACAGCUGUUUUGCAUAACAUUGCGGAUCCGGUUGAUUUGCGUCAAAACAAAAGCCAGGAUCAUGUUAAAAAACGCUGUUAGCCGCUUGUUGCAAAUAAAUUCAGCAAAAUGUGCCGGCCGAAAGAAUUUGGUUCGCAACAUCAACCUGAUUCCCAUGGUGGUAGAGCAAACCGGCAGAGGUGAACGGGCCUACGACAUAUUUUCCCGCCUGCUCAAGGAGCGGAUAAUAUGUCUUAUGGGCAACAUCACCGAUGACAUCAGCUCCACCGUAGUGGCCCAGCUGUUGUUCCUGCAAUCGGAGAACGUCAAUAAACCCAUUCACCUAUACAUUAACUCUCCGGGUGGCGUUGUAACGGCGGGCCUAGCGAUCUACGACACGAUGCAGUACGUCAAACCGCCCAUUGCGACGUGGUGCGUCGGACAGGCGUGCUCGAUGGGAUCGCUUUUGCUUGCGGCGGGAGCACCUGGGAUGCGAUACUCACUACCAAACGCCCGAAUAAUGAUUCACCAACCAUCUGGCGGCGCACAGGGACAAGCCACGGACAUCCUGAUCCAUGCUGAGGAAAUAAUUAAAAUUAAACGCCAGCUGACCAGCAUAUACGUAAAACAUGCCAAAAACUCAUACGAUGAGAUGUGCUCCCGAAUGGAACGCGAUCAUUUUAUGACUCCCGAGGAAGCCAAGACACUGGGAAUAAUUGAUCACGUUCUUGAACAUCCACCGGAGACUGUUUCUGAAACAGGACCGACAUCGGACGGCAGCGUGACCGGCAAAACCGUACCAGAAGAGGGCGAGAAGAAAAGAAGCAAGCAGGCUGCUUAAAAUUUGUUCACGUGUAUAAACCAAAAUUCUAUUUUCAACUUGAAACGGUUUGAAUACUUCAAUUAGCAAUAUAUCGAAUGUACCAUCUUUCAAUAACACCGAAA